GCAAUAGAUUUCAAAAUUCUUCACUAUCGCUAACCUAUUUUACUUAUUAAAAUAAAUAUUUCAAAUAAUAAACAAUUUUCAGUUUUUCUCACAAUGGCCGGAAUGAAUUUGAUAUUGAAUAUUACAUGCAAUCCUCCAGAAAUUUCAAUUUUCGGGCCCAUCAAAGAGAGCACGAUCGCUAAACUUAACAAAAAAUUGCCCAAUUCCUGUUCCACCACUAAUACGGGAAAAGUACCCUUCGAAAUGGUGCGAAAAGAGGAUCCUCCACACUGGUAUGGGGAACUUCGCUCUCAGUUCGCUAGCGACGAUAUCGGAAAAUCGCAGCUGUUCGUGACCUUGCUGGAUGCUUUGGAGGAGGACGCAGCGUGGAGCCUCCAUGGGACUACUGCUAUGACGCACGACAAGGAAAAAUGUACAUAUAAAUUCUUUUUUGUGCGUGGCACCCACUAA